AUGACCAGUGCCAUAGAGCAGCAGGCGUGGAGGGGGGGUUUGGAGCCGUGUGGGGAGCACGACUACACCCUCUCCCCCUCCAACCCUGCACACGUGAGCGGGCGGAUACCAGAGGCGCUGCAGGGCACGCUGUACCGCUGCACUAUUGAACCUCCACCCUUCAUUCACUCGUUCAACCACACGUGCACUCCUCUCCCACCUCCUCAUUUCGUUCACACGUUCACACACAUACCCCUCCUUCCUGCGCCCUCUUCUAUGCCAACUUUCCGUCCAUCGCACCCGUUCCUAGGUCUAUGCCUUGCAUCUGGACGGCCCAACCGGUACGGCAAGGUUUGUCUGCAAGUGGGUGCGCACAGCAGCCCUGGAGUAGCGGGGCGGGCCAGAGGUGCAGGCAGGGGAGGGGGGCGAACGAGUGGGGGAUGGGGAGGAAGAGGUGGGGGAGAGGGGGAUACGGGUGAAGGGUGUUUGGACACAGGCCACUGCUGGAGGGCUGCUCAAGAACCCCUGGAUGAUAGCCGCCAAUCCUUCCUCCUCUACUCCACCCCUCUCCCUGCUCAACCCCCACCCUCCCUCUUCAUUUUCUCACUUUCCAUCCUCCCCUCCUCCACCCCCUUCACCAGCAUCAUCCACUUCGCAGGAAUGAUGCUGGCUCUGUGCGAGGGAUGCCUACCCGCCCUUCCUCCCAGGCCCACUCUCGCCGCGCACUGCACUCUCACCCCCCUUUUCCCUCACCUUCCAUUCCAACCCCGCAUGCCCUUCACCAGCAUCAUCCACUUCGCACAAAAGCUGCUAGCUCUGUAUGAGGGAGGUAUGCCCUUCCUCCUGGACCCUCUCUCCCUGAGCACGCUCGGUCCCUUCUCCUUCCCCGGCCUGCCACUGCCCUUCUUCUCCGCCCACCCCAAGCUCGACCCCGCCACUGGAGAGCUGUACAACUUUGGUUGUCUGCUGUUCGGCAUGCAGCCAUUCGCAAUCACAGCGGACGGGCAGCACAAACGCAUGGGCGCCCUGCAGGGCUGGCCUGAGGUCAAUCUUGUGCACGACUGUGCCAUCUCGUCUCGCUUCCUCAUCUUCACCUUCCCCCCCUACGCGGCCUCUGCUGGGGAUCUCGCUCUGAUGCUAACAGGGCAGCAGCCGUUAGGCAACAGGUUCAAGUACGACGAGUCAAAGCCCACUCGAGUAGUGGUGGUGGGGAAGGAGAGUCUAUCAGUGGAGGUGCAGAUGAAUGUGUGGCCGCCCUUCUCCAACUACCACUUCUGCAACGCCUAUGAGGAGGGUGAUCGAUUGCAUGUUCUGCUGACUGUGCUGGAUGGUCCACGGGAUGCAUUGGAGGGAGUAUUUGACAUGUACGGGAUAACAUGGCAGCGCAGCCACCAGUCCUCCGUGUGGAGGCUCGUCAUUGACACCACCACGUGGGACCUCCUCUCCCGCCACCGAGCCAUGCCUUCUGGGCCUGGCACGGGAGGCCCGGUGGUAGGCAUGGAGUUUGCCGUAGUGAACCCUGCAUAUGUAAGCCGGAAGAGCAGGUAUCUGUAUGUGCUAGGGUCCAUGCUUGAGAGGGAGAGGGAGGAGUGGUGGAGCAAGUGCGGGUUGAGGGAUGCUGUGUGGUAUGGAGGCCAGGAGGUGCAGGCAGAGGAGGUUGUGGACGGGGAGGAGGGAGAGGGAGAGGAGGGAGACAAGAGGGAGGAGAGAGAGGAUGAGGAAGAGGAGGAAGGGAAGGGGAUGGGUGAGUAUGGGUACUUGAACUGUAUUCAGAAGUACGAUCUGCAGACAAGGCAAGUGACCACUCACGUCACGCCACCUGGCUGCUACGUCAACGAGUGCAGCUUCAUUCCGAACAGUGGCACUGAUAACGAGGACGCCAGUAAGGAGGACGACGGGUAUCUGGCCGCGUUUGUGUAUGACGCAUCGUGGCACAGGUCGCAUGUGGUGGUGCUGGAUGCGAGGGACGUGGCUGCAUCCCCGGUAGCAGUGGUGCAUCUGCAGUCACACGUGCCGUAUCACUUUCACGGCACGUGGGCGGCCAAGGCCGCCGUGCAUUAG